AUUAUUUUUGUUUUCUCACUUGAACAUUAACAAACCAAUUCAAUAUAAAUUGAAUUAAGUUCAUUGUGUUACAAUGGCUCAGAUAUACACUGACAGACAGAUUCUAGUGGAUGUUAACGAACUGCAGUAUACUGACCGUUAUUUUUCACCCGAAAGUCAGUAUUAUAGAACUCAAAUUCAAGCAACAAGAGAGAUUGAGAGAAAAUAUGAAUCAGAACCUAGCAAUUUUCUGUGUCUUGCAAUAUUUGCAGCUUUUUGCUGUUGUUGGCCGAUAGGAUUAUUUGCUAUCCGUGCCGCAAGACAGGCAAAUGCAGCGACAGACCAGGGACAUUUCAAAGAAGCUAGAGAGAAGAAUCGCACGGCCGUAUUACUGAUUCUUGCCUCUGUUGUUUUUGGAAUAAUCGCUGCUACUUUUAUUGCAGUUUCAUAUUCACAGCAAUAAUAUAAAGUAUUCCUUAAAAACAGUCCACAUUUUCCCUCACAACCAGCACAUUGUUUUUCUUUAUACAAGUUCCAGCUUUAACAUUACAUGUAUAUGUGUUAUUACUCAUUGCACCUCUUGUUAUCUCUCGUCAUCUGCUAUUAGAUUCAAUUAACGGACAAUGAUUGAAUGAAUCUACUAUGCUAGAUAAUAUACAGUUCCUGAAUGGUUUGAAUGGAAGUUCAAGUCCCCUUGGACUUAGUUCCAUCGUCAUGUUAUUCAUAUGUUGGUUAAAACAGUAAACCAAAUAUAGACAAUUACAAAAUAAUUCUUACAACAGAUGCAUUUCCAAAUAACGCAUAAUUUAUUCAUUUUUGGUUUAUUACAUAAGUGUUCUUAACAGUCAGUUGUAUAAUGUUUCUAUGGUUUUCUGAAUAAAUGACCAUUAUCAGAAA